AUGCAGUCAUUACUGCAUUUUGUUUUUCUUUUAACACUUAAUUAUUUGACUAAUGCCGUCGUACUCAAAACAUCUAUGAACAAUAAAUAUCCUCAAAUAGCUGUUUUAGGCUGCGAUAGUCGUAAAGCUAAUUUGUAUUAUGACAUUGAUAGACAAGUUUGGGUCGAACAUCUAAUCAGUUCAUGUGUAAAUAAUGAACAAAGUAUUCUUGAAUUUUGUAAACAAGCUUAUCCAUCACUUCACAUUGGUAAUAUAGUUCGAUUAGAUACUGUAUUAACUUUUGAAAAUUGGUGCGAACUAAUUUCACCCAUUGAUAAAAACGGUGAUAAUAUUCAUCGCUGUAAACAAGGAAGUGGUAGCGAAGAAAUCGUUCAGCCAUUUCGUUGUUUAUAUAAAACUUCCAAGCGUGAAGAUGUUACUUUACCAACAAUGGAUUGCUCAAUUCAUAGUAUUAUUGGUACAGGUGAAUGUUUUCGUGCUGAAAAAUGGCAACAAUUAGCAUCAAUGGAAUGUGCAAAUAAGAGUAUGAAUUUAAAUAGUUCCGUAAUGACUCUUGAUUGGUGUGGUUUAUCGGAAUUUCGUGGUAUUGAAUUUGUUUGUUGUCCAACAAGUAAAAUCGAUGACAGUGAUUAUGAAACAAGUCCUGAUGAACAAGAUAGUAAUAAUAAUUGGGUCGAAGACAACCCUAUUCGAGAACCGAUACUCUCAUCACACCGUAAAAUUAUUGCUAUGACACUUGCAUCGCGAGAACCUAGCUGGAUAGAAGAUUAUCGACGAUGGAAUACUGAUCCUGCCUAUUUUGCUGAUGAUGAAGAAGCAAACGAUUAUCAACCGUCACCCAUUCCAAAGUCUGAAGAAAAUCAACGGUUUGCAAAAGAAAAAGAAACUUUUCGACAGAAAUAUAAAGACCAAAUUGAUCAAUUAAAAUCUCGUUGGCAAAUACGUCAAAAUGAAAUGCAAUCAUUAGCUAAUCGUGACGCUGCAGCAGCUCAGCAACAAUAUGAAACAAACGAAAUUGAGUUUCGUCAAGAAUAUGAUGUUUUAAAACAAUCAGCCAACCGCGAACGAAUACGCAUGAAUGAACUGCAUGAAAUACAUUUGGAUGUCGGUCUUAAUGAACUUAAAACUGAAGCAAAUAAAAAAUUACUUGAUGCGUGGAAUGAAAAACCACUUAAGACUGAAAAUGUUGAAAAAGCACUUUAUAAUUAUCUUCAAAUUUUAUUACGUGAUCGUAUUCAUCUUGUUAAUCGUUACGAACGUUUACGUGCUGUUGAUCCUGAACAAGCCGAACGCAAACGAAUGUCAAUUCAUGAACGUUUACGCUUAAUUGUUGAUCGAACUAAUGAUGCAGUAAAUCAACUUCGAUUAUAUCCUAAUCUUCAAUCAAAAAUUCAACCACGACUUGAUACUCUUUUCUUUGAAUACGAUGAAGUUAAUCAAGCAGCUGAAAAAUUAUUAAGCGAUUAUUCAGCUACACCCAAGACAACGCUUCUUCCAACGACAACAAAAGCAGCAGCAACAACAAAGAAAGCUCGUCUUCUACCACUCGGUCGAGAUGAAAAUAAAAUUUAUCCUUUCUCGGCUUCGUCAAUAACCAAUUCCUAUGAUAAUAAUGAUGAAUAUGAUUAUGCUACAAACGAUGAGUAUGAUGAAGAUGACGAUGAAGCAGAUAAAAAAUCUUCUACAACAUCGACAACUACAACGACCGGAAUUGAUAUUAUAAAUUAUGAUCAAGUUGAAGCUGGUGACAGUGAUUGGGAUAUAAAUAAUGAUGAAACAGAAUCAGUAUUUGAUAUUAAAAUUGAUGAUCAAAAUCAACAAGCAUUCAUCAAUGAAAAUGACAUUCGUUCAUUUCCAUCAACAAACCGUAUUCAACGUAAUCUAUUAAUUACAUAUCUUCCAUAUGUAUUCGGAUGUUUACUUGUUUUAUGUAUAAUUAUUGGCAUAUUUAUCUUUCGUUUUAUCAGACAAAAUCGAUUGUAUGGAAAUAGAUACGAAAAAAAAUAUGUUUUUACAGAAGUAGAUUCCUAUACACCAGAAGAAAAGGCUUUAUAUGCAUUACAAAUGAAUGGCUAUGAAAAUCCAACAUAUAAAUUUUUUGAAAGUCAAACACCCAAAUGUUAA